CGGAACGGUCAGUCGGAUCAGAAGCUGCUGCCACUGUCAAGUUCAUUCAGUAAAACUUAGGACUUCGCGAUGAUCGAACGCUGCUUACGAGGUUGGAAAAAGUUGCUUCAAAUUGAACAGUCAUCAGUCGAAUCAGAGUGUGUUUAAUUAAGCAAAUAAACUGGUGCGAUUGUAACGGCGUAAUGGGUGGUUUUUGAGUGACAAUUUGACCCCAGUGAUUGCGUUGUAUUUUUAUUGUGAAUUUAAAAAGUUGGUUUUGAAAAAAUCUAUUAAAAUGACUGCGGAGUCAUUGAAGCCCUUCCUGAACACAUCGAAUCCGUUGGGUGCUUUAUCUAAGGACUGCACCCAGAGAAAAUCCGUGAAAAAGUGUUUCGUUGUUAGUGCUUGGGUAGUUUUAUUCAUUCUAGGGGCAGCUGUUCUAGGACUUGAGAUAUGGAACAUCAACAGAAUUAACGAGCUACAGCGAGAGGUGAACAACCUGAGACAGCAAACGCAGGAACUGCGAAAAUUACGUAUCGAAAAUCUAGAGGACUUUGGCGACUUUGAAGAUGCGUACGAAAACGAAGUUCAACACAUGCCGGACGAAUAUGGCGAGGAGCCGUACGAAGGUGAAAGUGACAUAGAAGAGGGCAGCACCAGCGUAUUCGGCAUUCCGGACUUCCGGCUGGACGAUAUGGAGACGGAAAUUAGCGUAACGGCCAGCAGUACGCUGCUGGAUGGAAAGCGAAAAGCUCGCUCAAUUACCGGCAUGACCUACCAGGGAGUACCGAUCUUGGACGAACCGUAUAUGAAUCGACAUCUCAACCGUACCCGGCAUCAUCGGCUGCAGCACCAGUACCAGGAACACCAGCGACACCGCGGAACGCAGUACCUGCAAAUGCGUCAAAGGCCGGAGGAAACGGCGUCACCUCCGCCGCAGCUGAAACUGAAAUGGGACGACGAAAGCAGGGAAAUUCCAGCACAGCAGCAGACAAACGCUGCUGCUUCUCGGCGGCAUGCGAAUUCACUUCGAUCGAGCUUCUCAUCCUCACAGCCCCCCACGUCGUCCUACGCUCGGCAAAGUGAAUUUGAGAGGAGCGAGAAAACAGUGCAAAAUAUACCGCAAAAUUUAGUUGGACCAGAUUUUACUACCAAAUCGCCAGGACCUCUUAUGGAUCGUCAUAGUCGGGUGAUGCUGACAAACGGAGAAAAUAAAUUUCAAAAAGUAAUCAAGAAUCCAGGAACCCAUAUGCAGGAAUCUCGUCAACCGCCGGUGCAGCGAAUAGGACGACUAAUGCGUAAAUCUGCAGCUCCAAACCGCGUCACGGCACUACAUCUGGCUAAAUACCAUCCGCACUACAGCAGCCACCGUGCGACCAAUCACGUCAACUGGCACUGGCUUCCGGUGGAUAAGGCCAAUCAGGAUGCCCUCACCGGGGGUCAAUUCAAGCUCUCCCACAACGGUACUCUGACUGUAAAUGAUACAGGAUUGUACUUUGUUUAUGCACAGAUCACAUAUUCCGACCAACAUCCGAUCAGCGGUUUCAAUAUCGUUGUUAAUGGCCGCAAUCACGUGUCCUGCUCGGUUCAUGGCCAACAUGGCAAAAAGACGAAUACCUGCUACACGGCUGCUUUGAUUGAUCUAGAAAACGGUGCCCAACUGGAGGUCAAAGACAUGGACGAAGGCCGUAUUCAUUUGCCCUUCCAGGAGAAGACCUUCUUCGGAUUGUACAAACUUGGCAGACGGCCGUUGGCGAGCGGCAGCGCCUACAUCUAAUCGCUAACCUGUUUAAACUUUGUACAUAGAAUUGUCUUUAGAAAGCUAAUAAUAUUUGUCUUUUCCUUUUGUCCUGUUAUUAAUACGAGUAUGUAUUGAAUGUGUUAUUGUUCGCACUGUCGUGAUAUUUAUACAGAACUCUUAAAACUCAUUUAUUGAAUUACACAGCAAAAACCGUCGAACCUUAUUGGUGCCAUACCUAAGCGCUCUAAUACCGAA